AUGAAUUAUUCCGUUAAAUUAAGAAGUGGUGAUUCCAUUCAUUCAACUUUGAGCAAUAGACCAAGCGUCAAAGGAAAAUUUUCUAAAAUUUUUCUUUUACUUCACGGAUUCCCUGAUAAUAAUGAAAGUUUUCAGGAGUUAGCUAAGAUUUUGGAUAAAAAUUACCCAAAAGCAUUGAUCUUAUCACCAUUGAUGAGAGGUUACGAACCUUCAAGCUACCACAAGUUCAAUGAGUACAAGCCAUCUGAUUUGGCUGAAGAUGUUCACAAUUGGGUUGAAGCUUUAGGUAGACCAGUCACCUUGAUAGGACAUGAUUGGGGUGCCAUUGCUUCCUUCAAAGCUGCAAGUAUGUAUCCAGAUGAUUUUGAAUCUGUUAUCACCAUGGCCAUUCCUUACUUAUCCAACUUACAUUUACAUGAUCUUCUUUUUUACGCUCCUGAACAAUUUUAUUAUUCAAGCUAUUUCCUUACUAUGCAAUCAUCAUAUUUCUAUGGCAAGUUGAGGCAAUUAGGUUCCAAAUCUUAUUUGAACAAACUCUGGGAAUAUUGGUCCCCAAGUUAUCAAUUCGAUGAUGAUAUUGAGCCUGUUAGAAAAACACUUUUGUUCGAAGAUACUAUCGAUCACGUCACUGCUUAUUAUAGAUGUGUUAUGAAUCCUUUGAACAUUCGUCAUAUCCGUGGGCACAUAGAUUUCGACAAGGUCCCAACUUUAAUUAUGGGUGGAAGAGAAGACCAAUGUAUGACUGUAAGAUUGUUCGAAUUAGAAGAGAGAAAGUUGCAGAAAUUUCCAAAUGCCAAGGUAGAAAUUGUGGAUGGUGUUGGUCACUUUUUACAUCGUGAAAAUCCAAAGUUGAUUGGAGAUUUGAUUUUGGAUUGGUUGAAAGAACAUUAG